CAGUGUAUUUCAGUUGGAUUUAAAAGGAGAAUGUCUCAUCUUGAAGUACUCACACAUUUUACUUGGACCAUAGUCGAUGGGUGAUACAGAUUUUCGGCAUCCACAGUUCUUUGUUUUAUUUUCGCAGAUUUGGUCUAUAGCAGAAAUUGAAGCAUAUUGAAGGUUCGGUUACAGAUAUUUCCCCGCUGAGGGAAGUUGUUAUACAGCUUUGUGGAGCUGGACUUGAACCCCGGCCUCAUAGCUCAGAGGGAAGGGCACUACCGCUCGUGCCCCUCAGGUGGAGUUGGAUCAUGAAUAUCGGUGAUGGGUCACUUUUUCCCUUUGGCUCCACAAGUCCCACCCUUCUCAGUUGGAGUUGGUGCUGCGGAUAGGGUCACGCAAUGUGGAAUGGAGCAAGUUUCCAUUGGUGCAGAGUUCCAACCAAUAGAUGAGAGCCCUGGCCGCCUUAUUCCCGCGCCCCAUGGGUGAUUGACAGCCAGCUGAAGGGCGGAGGGAGGGGGAGGACCACAUGUCUGUCAUCUAUUUAUCCUUUGCAGCGUCCGUCGCCUCAACCUUGCUGUGGGACAGAGACGAGGCAGAGAACGGGAGUAGUUUGAGUUUCGAAAGUGCAAACCUCGAGCGCUUAUUCCUGAUGGUUCCCACCCCCGCCCACCUUGCAUUUGAAGCAGAGAAUGUGCAUAUGACAAAAAAAAAUCUAAACUUGAAGCCUGGUUUGCUAUGAUCCAAACAUUUAUUUGUUUGCAAUCGAAAAACCCUUCUGAUUAUCUAUAGCAUGUCACAUUCCCGGUGAGCCUGGGAAGUGCUGGCUGCUAGUUCACUCUUCAUGAGAGUGCACGAAUUAGUUUACAAAUCCUCCUAGCGCUUUUGGUGCAUCUUGUUGCCCAAUCAUGUCUGUUUUUAUUUUGUUGUGAGACCAACUAUAAAACAAAAGAGUCAGCUCUCAUUGUUCAUCAUCAACAAACCUGUGGGUCUGUCUGGUGAUUGCUUGCUGGCUCUGCUCUUUUCUGUUUUAUUUUGGUGUUUUUUUUCGGGAGGGGUGGGGGAAUGGAUGGCAGAACGUCUCUGGCCUCUGCCCCGCUCCCAGGUUCCUGUGUGCAGCCCAACCCCGCGGCCGUACCCAUCUCCAUGGCCGGGAGCAGCGGCGGCUCCUUGCUCCGGCCGCCGGCUCUGCUCUUGCGGGCAGCCGCCGCCGCAGCGGCCGCCGCUUCGGCAGCUGAGCGCUACCCCCGGACCCCGAAAUGCGCCCGCUGCCGCAACCACGGCGUAGUGUCGGCGCUGAAGGGCCACAAGCGCUUCUGCCGCUGGAGGGAUUGCCUGUGUGCCAAGUGCAUGCUGAUCGCCGAGCGGCAGAGGGUCAUGGCAGCGCAAGUCGCCCUCCGGCGCCAGCAAGCCCAGGAGGAGAACGAAGCCAGGGAGCUCCAGUUCAUGUACGCCGGAGGAGGGGCGACAGAAGCCGGCCUGGCUAUGGCAGCAGUGGCCGCUGCUGCUAACAGCAUCAUCCCGGGAUCGAGAGCCGUCUCCGCGCCUUACGAGAUCUUCGGAACCGAGUACCAGAAGCAGAAGGAAGGCCAGAAAAGCCCCAAGUAUGAACUAUUUUACAACGGUUUGGUGAGUCGAUCGGUCGUUCAGCCUACGCCUUCUCUCGGUUCGGAGGCGGAGGGGUCAGACACGAAUGGGAGGGAGAACGAAGGAAACACCGAAUCAGCAGAGACCGACCCCGGCCAGCUUUCCCCAUCCCCUGAUCCUCCAUCGGAAGGUGCCGACAGCCCUCGCUCGGUGACUCCCUCGGAUGUGGAGUCGGGCAACGAGUGUGAGAAACCCAAGGAGCUAGCGAAGGUGAUGGCCAGUCUCCCCCGCUCAUCCGCCAACCACAGGGCGCCCAUUGACAUCUUGACCAAAGUCUUCCCCAACCACAAGCGCGACAAACUGGAGUGUAUCCUGGCAAACUGCAACGGGGACGUGGUGCAGGCCAUCGAGCAGGUGCUCAAUGGGAAAGAACAGAAGGGACAAGGCAAGGAUGUGGAGUGCCCCGGGCCCGAUCCUGCUGAGCUCCAGCGAGCCCCGCACUUCACCCUGGCCGGUCUUUCCGGCGGUUCCUUGGGGACCAAAUCCGCCUUCUCCCCUCUGCAGUCUAGUGCAGUUUUCGGAGGACCCGCAAAUCUGUACGGCUUGAGCCCCAAGCUAGGCGUUAACCCACUGCGACUGGCAUACUCAAGCCCCGGCCGAGGGCUGCCCACCUUCAUGUCCCCUUAUGUCACUUCUGGCCUGAUGCCAACUCUACCAUUUCGCCCUCCAAUGGACUACUCCUUCCCGGGAAUUGUGAGAGACCUUCCAUAUUUCCAAAACAAAGAGGCACUCUGCUCCAGUGGACUGUGCUCUCGAAUUAAUCCGGAGAAACAGUGACUGACUCGGUGAGAUGACUCAACUUGAGGCAGUGCACCUCAUUAAAUGGGGAACUUUGAAUGUUAAAAAUUAACAGAAAACCGAGUGGUUCAAUGAUUACGGACCAAUUUAGUUUCACUUUGUCACCAAAUUGCUCCACGGAUCAAUUGAAAUUCAACGUGGUUGUUUUGAUUUGAAAAAAAAUGUUGCAGCUAAUAGCAUUGUACUGAACAGAAUGGAAGAUACAGUAACAGAUACCACUAAGAAUGAUAAACCCACACUGCGUUCCGUUUCGCUUAUGCCCUCAAAGAAGUGUCAGUAGGUAAAAACAGAAAUCACUGAAAAAAAAGAACUCAGCCGGUCUGGCACCAUCUGUGGAGAGAAAUCAGAGUUAACCUUCCCUCGAAGAGUUUAGUUAACACGCCAGAGAAUGUGAUAUCUCUUUGCCAGGGUGGACAACGAUUCUGAAAGGCAGCCUGAGACGGCUGGAGUACAGACAUGGGCCUUUCUGUUGCUUGCGUGCAACUUUUUUUUUGGGUGGGUGUAGUGGGAAGGGAGAAGUGUUUGGGAUGCAAAAUCGGACCAAGUCCAGCAAUUGAAGAGGAGCUCUCGGCCUUUUGCUGCAGCUGCUGACUGUAUAGCCCGGCACUUAGUGCGCUAGAUGCCUCAAAAUAGUUAAUUGCGAUUAUAUAAAACAAACGGAAAGGAGUGCAGUUGAAAAAAAAUAGCGUAUUCAUCCAUCAGAUGCAAUGAGAAGUUAGCUGGCUGUAUUUAAUAGUCUGUUUCACACUCUGAUUGGUUUUAAUAUUUCACACAGAUUAGCACUACCACUAGCUCCGGUGGUCUCGCGCUGCUUUUUAAUCGUGUAUUAUAGCAUUGCAUGAUAAAACAAAAAAAGAGAGAAGUACGGAUGCUGGAAAUCAGAAACAAAAGCAGAAGUUGCUGGAGAAGCUCACCAGGUCUGGCGGCAUCUGUGCAGAGAAAUCAGCAUUAAAGUUUCAGGUCGAGUGACCUUUCGUCAGAACUGCAAGGUUCUCGCUUCUUUGGCUAAGAAAUGGUUAAUUGUGCGUAUCGGGGGUUGGGGGGGUAGCCAUUGACUCAAAUCUACCAGAUCGAACUGUGUACAGCAGCACCAACAUCAUUUUUCAAAAGUGCCUUAUUUCGGAUUAGUGAAACUGAGGGGGAAAAUAGAGAGUGGACCGUUUUCCGGGUUUCCCAACAUGUGAAAUUCCUGUGCAGUGGGAGACAACAACACACUCGAGGAAACAAUGUUUUCCGUCAAGCAACUGAAACCCAGAGAUGAUCACUGCUGGACUUAGAUAACAUAAGUAUAACUGAGAUAAUGGGAACUGCAGAUGCUGGAGAAUUCCAAGAUAAUAAAAUGUGAGGCUGGAUGAACACAGCAGGCCAAGCAGCAUCUCAGGAGCACAAAAGCUGACGUUUCGGGCCUGGACCCUUCAUCAUUCAUAAGUAUAACUGAUGAUUUCAAACGGACACUGCCCUGAGUGAAAAGGCAAGGCGGAAGAGUCAGUGUUUUAUUUUGAAAAAUUGAAAACAAAAUCACCCUGACAGUACAUUGCCACAAGAUUCACAUGAAAGAAGUAUAAAAGUUCCGAAGACUUUCUGAGGAAAGGCCUUAACAUUUUAGCACUGCGGGCUGUCUGUCCACACAUUCAAAGUCCAAACGAUGAGCGGUAAUUGAUCCUAAAAGGAUGGGUAUUUACAGCCAGCAGUUCACAGGCUGAGGUUAUGUUACUGUUAAUCAGGAAACUGUCGUAUAUUUUUGCAUACUGAUGUUCAGAGUUAAGUGCCAUUGAGAACAGAGCCCUUAUUGUUGUAAACAAGAAAAAAAAUAAAUCCAUUAAUAGUAAGCCACCUUUAAUUUUCUGUUCAUUACCUUAAUUAGAGGGAGGUAUUGCAUUUUAUUUUUGCUUUAUAUCUGUUCAAUGUACACUCCUUACAAAUAGAAACUAACAAGAAUUAUUUGCAAGGAAAUUUGACCAUACUGACCAAAGCAAUAGAAUUGACUUCAAUAAAAGUUCAAUACAAUUGAUUUUAACCACAAUACAAAAUAUUUUCUUGAUUUAAAAAUAACACAAGGUCAUGAAAGAUGCUUUUCUUUUACAAUUAACACUAGCUAUAUAACUACAUCUUCUGAAUGGGCCUCUCAACUUUCAAAUCUAAUGUUGAUCCUGCUCUUUGUGUACCUUCUUUGCAGCCAUAACUUUGUAUUCCUCGUUCUGUUCAAUCACUCUAUGUAUGUUAGUAUCUACUUAUACUGCACACAAAACAAAACUUUUCACUGUACCUAGGUACAUGUGUCAUUAAUAAAUGAAAUGUCACAUGCUAUUGACAUAAAUAGUUAUGGUCAGUGAAGAAAUAGUUAUUCUGUUCCUUUUAAUUAUCAGAAAAGUAGCUUUCGGUAGGAAAGAGUGCAUUUUUCUGACUGAUCUCAACACACUAAAGUGAUUUACAACCACGUCCCAAGUGUAGUCACUGUUGUCGAAACAGGAUACAACAACUGCAAUAUGAUAAUGACCAGAAAAUCUGAUUGCUUGAAAUAACAGGUCAAUAUUGUCAGGUCACCAGUAAAACAAAGAGUAAUGUUCAAAAUUUUGCCCCAUGACCUUUUA